AUGAAACUGGUGCUAACUCUGUUGGCGCUACUCCCGCUGGCGCUGGCCGCCAAGUCGCUCAAGUCCGUGAUCGUGACCUUCCCCGAAGGCACGCCGAAUUCGGUGAUCACGCAGGCCAAAGACUCGCUGGUGGCUUCGGGUGGCAUUAUCACUCACGAAUACCACCUCCUCAAAGGCUUUGCGGCCGAGGCUCCCGUGAAGGCUCUCGAGACCCUGUCCACGCAGGACAGCGAGUACAAUCCCAAUAUCGAGGAGGACAAGGUGGUGUCCAUCGAUGGAGACUACGAGGUUCUCGGCAAUAUGUCGGAACACACAGUAACCAAGGUUCUACUGGAAUGGAUCAACAGCUUCUCCCUGGGCAGGACCCUCCGAGCCACGGAUGAAUUGACCGACGGCAUCAUCCUGUGGGAAAUCCUGCAGGACAUCGAUCCCCAGUAUUUCCUCGACGAGAUCCCCGAACGCACCCCCGCCGACCACUGGGUGGCCAAGUGGCAGAAUCUCAAGCACAUCCACAAGCUGCUACUCAGCUACAUCCGCCACCAGAACGAUGAUACCCUGCCCACCGGUCUCGAUCCGUCGCCCGAUCUCGAAGCUGUCGCCGAGAAAGCCGCUCCCAAGGAGACCAACAAGUUGUUGAAACUCCUCCUGAUCGCGGCGAUCAGCUCGCCCAACGCGGGAACCUAUGUGCAGACGCUUCAGGAGCUGAGCACCUCCACCCAGGAGGGCCUCAAGGAUAUCAUCGAGGAGGCGCAUAAUGGCCAGCACGAGCCCCUGGACUCCGCCGACGAGCUGAAAGAGGAACUGGCCAAAGCAGACCGCCCAGACUUGGAACUGCAGUUUGAGGAACGCGUCGGCAAGGUGAUUGCGGAGAAUGAUCGCCUCACACACGAAAAGAAGGAGUUGGAGAAGGCGUUAGAGGACCUGCACAAUCGUCUGGCGCGUCUGCAAGAGAACAACGACACCCUGCAGAACCGCCUCGCGUCGACCGAGGAUCGGUUGGUGACACUCAAGUCCGGAAAGGGCGAGGGAUUCAACGCAAAGGCGCUGGAGAGCAAAACUCGCCAACAGGAUGACCUGAUCGCGUCCCAGGAAGCGAAACUGUCUGCUGCCAAUGAUGAACUCGACAGUCUCCGGAUGACCGUCGAGUCUUUGCGCGUCAAGAACCAACGCUACCAAAAGCUGCAGGAUGACUACGACGAGCUCCGCACCGAGAGAGAUCAGCUCGCGCGCAAGGCCAACGCGGCCGAGAAGUACCGCCAGAAGCUUCAGGCGAGCCAGGACUUCGAGAAGGAGAACCAGACCCUCAAGAACCAGAUCAAAGAUUUGCAGCAGCAGCUAAAGGAAUCGGACUCGUCACAACGAUGGUCUUCGGAGCGUAAUGUGGAGCUCGAAGAGUACCGAAAGCUUCUGCCACAACUGGAGCAGGACACCAACGAGAUCCAGCAUCAGAAGAAACAGCUCGAGUUCAACAACCACGCCCUUACGGAACGGCUUCAGAGUGCGGCUGAAGAGAAUGAAAGGAAUGACGCUCUGAUCAGCGAGCUGCGCGAGCGUCUGCGGGAGCUCGAGGGGUCAGGCAGUCCAUCUCCCGGGUCUGGGACGCCGAAGAAGCACACAUUGCAUAAUGAUUUCGAGGCCCUCGGUGUCAAGGAAUCCCAGCUCAAAUCCGAAAAUGAAGAAUUGAGACGCGAAAUGGAGUCCUUGAAGGCCCCGUCAACCACUGCAGAGCCGGCGCCUCAAUUUGAAGGCUUCUCCGAGGGCUUCAACGCGUCCGUGCACCUUGCGCGUGAAAAUUCCACUCAAGGCGAGGAGUACUGGAAGCUUUACGAGACCUAUACCGGGUCCCUCAAGAAGAUUGCAGAAGUGCAGGACCUUCUGGAUAAAACCAAAACGGACCUUUCCAAUGCACAGGCUGAAAUUCGCAUUGUCAACGUCGAGAAAAUUGAUAUGCUCCAUGAGCUCGAAGAACACAAUUCAGCCGAGCUAACCAAGCUCCGUGGUGACUGGGAAAGUCUCACGCAGAACAUUCACAAUUUGGAGGGCGAAGUAGAUGCCAGCCAGACGCUUGUCCGCGAAAUGGCCGCCGAACGGGAGGAGUUGCGCAAGAUGCUUGACAACAAGCAAACCGAGAUCAGCUCUGAGGAUCAGGAGGUGAUGAAUGAAAUGCAGAUGCUGCUGGGCGAAUUCGAGACCCACAACAAUGAGGGUGAAACGCCUCAGAAAUCGAGUUUCGAGCUUCUCAAACAGUGCGCUGGAGUCCUGGAGAAGAAUAUUGAGCGGCUCGCCCAACGCGCAGAGUAUAUUCAACAACAAAAUGAACUCAUCAAGUCACUUCAUGAGCGCAUGAAGAAUUACGAGGAGAACCUGGAUGACGGCAUUUUCAAAGAGCGCGAGCUUGAGCUCCAAAAGAUCAUCGAUGACCAGGCCCGAGAACUCAGCCUCGUGGGCUCCGCCUGGUAUCAUCUACAAAGCCGGUGGCAGAGCAACAACAACACGGUGUCUCGCUACCGACACGGAGCCUCGAUGGCGGAGGCGCAGAAGGGCUGGCUAGCCAAGCAGCGAACUGCAGUUGCCGGUCAGUAG